GCUGUGACAUGAAUAAUGUGGCGGAGAGCAUAAUUUAUGAUUUGAGACAUAAUGCAACUUCAUAACCAAUCCUCGCACUCAGGAGUGAAGCGUAGGUGAACUUGUUUGAUUGACGUCGUGGGAGUCCGUCCGCAGACCACCGUAUGCACGCGCGCAGCCAUUGCACUGAACCGCACCGACGAUGCAGAGAGGAUGGAGACGAUCUACAAGGAGGCACGAUGGUUAAUAACAUAGAGAAUUCUGUCGUGUUUUAUUAAAAACGUCAUCCACUGUUAUUUCCACUGGAUUUUUUUCUGGAAGUGAGGAAGCCGAAAUCCGUUUUUUUGGAAAACGUCUUUUUCUAACCUUGUUCAUUCGGUCCCAAAAUGAGCAAACUGCUCCAUGCGUUGUAUCUGGAAUACAAGAGGCAGCCUUUCGGUCAGUGCAUCAGCACUGAGAGUGUAGCAUGGGCAAUAUAACAGGAUAUGCCAUCAGAGUCUAGUGGCUGGCAGGAUUUGGACAGGAGGCUGAAGAUGAGGAAAACAUGAGUGUUUGCACACAAAUGAACUGGGUGGCUGUCUAUUCCCACCAGUGAUAAUCUACACAAGUCCUGCCUGCUCUGGGAGUCUCUGCAGAGAGUGGCCAAUACAAUCUACAAAAGGUCAUUACAUUUCUACUUCGUGCAGUGUCUGGAGAUGACUACUAAGAGGAAGAUCAUCGGCCGCCUGGUGCCCUGUCGAUGCUUCCGGGGGGAGGAGGAGGUCAUCUCAGUGCUGGAUUAUUCCCACUGUAGCCUGCAGCAGGUCCCUAAGGAGAUCUUCAGCUUCGAGCGCACGCUAGAAGAGCUCUACCUUGACGCCAACCAGAUUGAGGAGCUGCCUAAGCAACUCUUCAACUGUCAAGCACUCAAGAAGCUGAGCAUGCCUGACAAUGACCUCUCCAACCUGCCAACCACCAUCGCCAGCCUUGUGAAUCUAAAGGAGUUAGAUAUUAGUAAAAAUGGUAUUCAAGAGUUUCCAGACAACAUCAAAUGCUGUAAAUGUCUAUCAGUUGUGGAGGCCAGUGUAAAUCCUAUAGCCAAGCUCCCAGACGGCUUCACCCAGCUCCUCAACUUGACACAGCUCUUCUUAAAUGACGCCUUCCUUGAAUACCUGCCUGCCAAUUUUGGGAGAUUAUCUAAAUUACGGAUCCUGGAGCUUCGUGAGAAUCAUCUGAAAACUAUGCCAAAGUCAAUUCAUAGGCUGUCGCAACUGGAGCGGUUAGACUUGGGAAGCAAUGAAUUCUCUGAACUGCCUGAAGUGCUGGAGCAGAUCCAUAGUAUAAAAGAGUUGUGGUUGGACAAUAAUUCAUUACAAAACAUACCAGGGUCUAUUGGGAAACUGAGGCAGCUGCGAUAUCUAGACUUGGCUAAGAACAGGAUUGAGAGUCUAGAUGCAGAUAUCUCUGGCUGUGAGUCCUUAGAGGAUCUACUCCUCUCCUCGAACAUGCUGCAACAGUUACCUGAUACAAUAGGAAAGUUGAAAAAGUUGACAACAUUAAAAGUUGAUGACAACCAGCUCACCUCACUGCCUAACACCAUUGGAAGUGCACGUGGCAAAACCGGUUUAUCACUUUUAGAGGAGUUUGACUGUAGCUGCAAUGAACUGGAAUCCCUGCCUCCCACCAUUGGCUACCUGCACAGUCUUCGGACAUUUGCAGCCGAUGAGAACUUCCUGAUUGAGCUGCCCAGGGAGAUUGGAAACUGCAGGAAUGUUACGGUCAUGUCCUUGCGCUCCAAUAAACUAGAGUUUCUGCCUGAUGAAAUUGGACAGAUGACAAAGCUACGUGUUCUCAAUCUAAGUGACAAUAGGUUAAGGAAUCUUCCCUUCACUUUCACUAAAUUGAAAGAUCUUGCUGCACUCUGGUUAUCUGACAAUCAGUCCAAGGCCCUUAUCCCCCUUCAAACAGAGGCUCACCCUGAGACCAAACAGAGAGUCCUUACCAACUACAUGUUUCCUCAGCAGCCCCGGCACGAUGAGGAUUACCAAUCUGACAGUGACAGCUUUAAUCCCACUCUCUGGGAGGAACAGAGACAGCAGAGGAUGACAGUGGCAUUUGAGUUUGAGGACAAGAAGGAAGAAGAGGACAACUCAGGAAAAGUGAAGGUUGAGAUCAAUCUGAAGCGCUAUCCCACCCCUUAUCCAGAAGACCUAAAGAACAUGGUGAAGUCAGUGCAGAACCUGGUGGGUAAAACCUCUCACCCCCUCAACACUGAAAAAUGUUCUUCUGGGACCAAUAUGGAGCUCCACAGCCAAGACAAGUAUGAGCCCAAGUGGCCCAUUGCUCCUAAGGAGGUGACAGAACGAGAGGUCAAAGACUUUUCGAAACAACCAAUGUCCGAUCAAGGUGUCAUCCUCAACUCAGCCAUUGACAUCCCAAAACGCAAAGACAAAGAGGAUCUGACCGAGAGCUCGGAAAUUUCUUUACACCGCGUCGUUCCCAAGCCUCAACAGCCAGAGAAUACGAGCCUGGCCGUUACUUCCUCUUCCUGUUUCUGCCUCAUAGACUCCAUGGGAGGCUCCCCUAAUGAUAUCCGAAUUUCUGACAUGCGGCCGACUUUGGUAGAGCCACCAAUGUACAAACCAAAGGUUGUGUUACUGGGCAAGGAAAAAAAAGAGUCCACCGAUGAGUCUGAGCCGGACAAAAUGCAUUGUUUGAACAACAGCGGAUCAUCUGCCACUUAUUCAGACUACUCACCCUCCCAGGGAUCAUCUGGCUCAUCCAACCCACCUGGAAAUGUCAGUAAUCUGCAAACAUCUGGGAAAGAGGGGCCAUCACAGACUCACUGGACCAACAGGCUGGCUCAGUCUUUUCCAAAGCCCAUUGAAAGUAAGCCCCUUCUAAGCCAGAGGGAAACACCUCCUUCCAGCACACUGCAGCAGCGAGGUGAGAGGCGGCCACUGAGCGACACCUUUGACAGCUGGAACGACGCCCCCCACUACGAUAACACAGGUUUUGUUGCAGAGGAGACACCUCUUGACACUCCAAGCAGCAGCGCUGGAAACCCCAUGCUAGGCUCAAAGCCCCGGAGUGCCUCAAUGGCACAUGGCCGGCGGCCUCUCAUGAGACAAGAGCGCAUUGUGGGAGUCCCUCUAGAGCUCGAUCAAUCGCAACUCACUUUCCACACUGUUCGCACCACCCCUGAUUCUGAAGUGCCUCCUUCCUCUAACCCCUGGCAGAACUGGACGAGGACUCCCAGUCCCUUCGAGGACAGGACAGCUUUCCCUUCCAAGUUGGAAAUUACUCCAGCCAACAGCCCCAAUCCUGAUCGUAAGGACUUCGAACAGGAGAUGGGGGACCUACCCGGCACUUUUCCCUCAAAUAGAGCCUGGGGGUUUCUGGACUCUACGGACUCAGGAACGGGACGAGGUCAUCCCAACAUUUCUGCGCAUGUCCAGGGUGUAAAAGAACCAAACAAAGUAGGCACUAUGGUCAUUAGCAAGAGUUCUGAAAGACUUUCGCCAAUGAUGAAGGAGGUAAAAGCGAAAUUUAAGAAAUCUCAGAGCAUAGAUGAAAUAGAUAUGGGGUCGUACAAGGUUUACAGCAUCCCCUUGGACAGCUACAGUUCUAGCAUAGAAAACCAGGGUAGUGUUGAUAGAGCGGACCUCCCUGUGCCUCUAGAACAGAGCAUGUCCAGGAGCCAAUCUGCUCCAAUGCUGGACGAUGAUCUGGAUGGCUAUGGUUUGAAAAGCUCUCAGCAACAGAAGCCAGCCAUCCCAAAGAAAGUUUACCAUUUUGACCAAAGCUUCAACCCACAAGGAGCCAUGGAUGUUAUGAAAGCGGAGAGGAGAGUUCCUCCACCGUUCCCCAAUGCCCCUGAAUAUGUAAACCAACCUGGGAAGACGUUGCCAAAGGAACUUGUGAGCCCGAGAGGCUACAGAGGCUAUCCACCAAUGGAACAGAUGUUUUCAUUUGCUCAGACUGCAGUCACCGAUGAUGCCAUCAAUCCACAGCUCUCAGUCCAGCCCCAGCGCUCCAGGCCGGGCUUCCUGAGGCGCGCUGACUCUUUGGUAAGUUCGACAGAGAUGGCGUUGUUCCGCAGAGUAGCUGAGAACCACGAACUGCAGCUGGCAGAGCACUACAACAGGUCUCAACAGAGCAUGCUGGAUCAACAGAACAGCUUGGCUACCAUCACUGACACCCAGUUCCACAAGAGGAACGGUAGGUAUGACGAAGAUUACUCGUCUUAUCAAGAACCCAAAAAGCCCAUCAUGGGUUACCCCACCAAGAGUCUGACACAACGUCGCCCCCUGUCUGCACGGAGCUACAGCACAGAGACAUAUGGGGCAUCUCAGGCAAGGCCAGUGUCUGCCCGACCCACCAUGGCUGCACUGCUGGAGAAAUUGCCUUCAGAUUACAAUCUUAGUACAUGCACUGAGAAGAGCCCUGAAGCUGACAUGAAGAUGAGACCUGUCCUUCAAAAACAAGAAGACCCGACCUCCAAAAUGCCAGUAGAUUGGAGACAGCAGCUGCUUAGACACAUUGAAGCAAAGAGGCUAGACCGGAGCGCUGUCCUUAAGCACAACACAGUAAACUUCGGCAUGCUGUACUCUGGAGGCUAUGCUGCACCGCAUGCCAGCAGAAGCAUGACAAUAAACUUUUACAAUAACACAAAGCAUGAAAACCAAACAACUCAGUGGCUACCUCUACCAAAUACACCUUCACAACAGAGCAAUAUUUUAGAUAAUGGACAAGAGGUGGUUUCCCCAAGUAGCCAGUGGGCCCCGUAUUCACUGGGACGAAGAGACGUGCCACCAGAGAACAUGAACAUCAUGAAAAAGUCUGGUGUUCACAACCCCCAUCAACAACAGACUAUGAUGAUAACCUCAGCCAACGCUCCCCACCGGACGGCCCGUGACCAGCAGUAUGAGGGGGCCAUCAACAAGGUGUCCAUCCAGCAGUACCAGUCACCUCUGCCCAUGCCCAUCACCACCACCAGCCCCCGGCCUCAGAGUGCCCGCUGCUUCAUCCAGACUAAAGGCCAGAAGAGUAUGGAUGGCUUUCCCGAGCAGCUCUGUGUGAGGAUCGAGAAGAACCCUGGCCUUGGUUUCAGCAUCUCAGGGGGAAUCAGUGGACAGGGGAACCCCUUCAAGCCCUCGGACAUGGGUAUCUUUGUUACUAGGGUACAGCCUGAUGGACCUGCCUCCAACGUUCUUCGACCAGGGGACAAAAUUCUGAAGGCCAACGGACAUAGUUUCUUACACAUGGAGCAUGAAACUGCAGUGUCUCUUCUGAAGAAUUUCCCGAAAACUGUGGACUUGGUAAUCUUAAGGGAGAGCACAACAUAAAUAUUUUUAUAGCUUAAAGACUUCUCGCCCAGAUGGAACACAGGAACUUGUACAUCAUCUUUUUAUCUAGGAACAAUUUUGCCAAUUGCUGGACCAAUGGCAAAUUCCAGUGCCAAAUGUACACUAGAGGACAUAUAUAAUAACGUUACAUACGGCUUACACAUUCUACACGAACAUACAUUGGUUGAAAUCUUUCGUUGAUGUUGCUGAUAUUCUUCUUUAUCUCAGCCUGUGGCUGUAAGUGGGUGCAUUUUUUCCUGCUUAUUUAUAUGGCGUAUUAUUUUGUACCUAUUUUUCCUAGCAGCUUUUCGGUUUAAUCUUGGAGCAUGAAAGCACAUCUGCUUUUAAGGACAUUUACCCACCAUAACACUGCCUCAACUUUGUAAAUGCCUUGUGUAAAUAUAUACAUUUACAACUCAAAUGUGAUAAGAGCGUAGAAUGUGAAUGAAAGACACAUUGAUGAUUUUCUAACACAUCGAUGAGUUUUUGUAACAACUUAGAAGAGACAUCCUUCUCACGAAAACGACAAUUUAGGGAAAUCGAAAAAGUCCCCUUUUAAUCUUGAUAAGCCCUAACCUUCUGUAUUUGCACAAAUCAAAUGACAGAAAUGAAUCCCUAAGCAAUAUUUCUUCCAUUUGUGUGGUUUUCCUGCAGCACCCUCUAUUGGUAUUCAUGGAUUUUUCCUAGCCCAGAUCAGGGUGGGUUUUGUUCAUUUGCUAAGUAAUGUGAAUGUACGUUUCCAUAUAUUUUUUUUUUUAUUCCCACGUACCUUUGUUGGCUGCCAGGAAAAUUCAUACACAUGUGGCAGUUUAUUAGCAACACAGUUUUCUAUAUAAAAAUGUACUUUCAUAUCACAUACUACAGUUUAUUGAGGAAAAAAGGCAAAAAAGCUUAAUUCCAGUUGCUUUGUUGUUGUUACGCAGCUUUAAGGUUUUUAAAUAUUUUUUUAACGGAAUAACAAAGGGAAUUCCUGUCACAAUAAAACGGACUAGAUACAGUGUACACAUGUAAGGCUUUACUGAUUAGAGCAUGCUUUCACUCUUAAACUUGUUUUAUUAGGAUGCUUAUUAGGGGUCAAUGUGUUUUGGACAAAGCAUUUUUACAUAACCAUUGUUUUACAUCUCUUUUGGCUUUUUUUUUUUUAAAUCAGUCAUUUAAAUCAGUGCCAUAA